AUGAAGUCACCAUGUCCGCGUUUCUUAUGUUGUUCCUGGCGUGUAACAUCGUCGGGCUUUCCCAAUGUUUAUCGUCCGAAGUUCAUCUCCGCUGAACUAUCUACUGCUGCAUCGGCAGGGCUGAUCUGCCAAGGCGAAAGGGGUACGCGAUUCCGACUUGUCCGACCUCUCGGAACGCCAGCACGCGACAAAGCCUCCAACGUGUGGCUAGCGAUAGACGAAUCUAGACCUGAUGCUGAGUACAUUAUCAAGCUACCGCCUGGAGACAACAACGACAGUCCGUGGUCCAAUACUGCUCUCGCUGCUUUAAAGCAUGAAUUGGAGAUGCAAAGACUGUUUGCAAAGGAUCCUAUGAUUCGCAGACUCGUGGAUUACGUUCCUGAGUCGGAGCCUGUUGGACCGAUGAUGGUUCUUGAAGCAUUUACGGACUCGCUCUGGGAUGCUCGAAAUGCCAGGCCGUUUACUGCGAAGGAAAUCAAGUGGAUUAUGAAGGGGGUACUCCUUGGUAUUUAUACGGUCCAUAUGAGAGGACUGGUUUAUACAGAUCUGAAGAUGGAGAACGUUGUACUUGGAGGGUUCGAUUCCUCCAAGCCAAGUGAGAAUUUUCGUGAUCUGAUCGUUAGACUGGCAGAUUGCGGUUCUAUUAGCAAACCAUCUACCAGAGAGAUCACUUCCCUCACAUAUCGAAGUCCCGAGGUCCACUUCGGGAAAUCUUGGACUUCGAGCACAGAUGUGUGGUCCUGGGGGAUAAUAUUAGCCCAAUUGUUCCAGGCCCAGGUGGACUUCAGAUCAGCGGGAAUUUACGAUUCAAUUCAAUCUAAAAGUCUCGAGGAGAAGCGAGAUACCAUUCGGGGUCAGCUUGCAAUUGACUUUGACUUGUCAUCGCUGCCAUUCUAUGCUGAGGACAAACAAUGCGCCCGGAUCUUGCCUACCCCACAACCAGAAAGGGCAUACAUGUGGGCGAACAACAUGGUUGAGAAAGGUGUUCCGGGUAAUGAUAUCCAUUUUUUGGUGGAGGUUCUACCACCAGAUCCAAACGCACGCCUUACGGUGCGUGAGAUCCUCGAAAGUGGAUAUCUGGACGGCUAA